AUGUCAUCAACGGAUUCAAUAUAUUUUAACGCCGCUGCUUCAAGAGAGCACUGUAAAUAUGCUCCCGCAUCGGGUGUUGUGGAAUUCCACAAAUCCCUCCCUAACUAUGCCCCAACGCCGCUCGUAUCUCUGCCAAGAUUUGCAGCCGAAUUAUGCGUUCAAGCAGUCUUCGUUAAAGAUGAAAGCAACCGAUUUGGUUUACCGUCGUUCAAAGUCCUCGGUGCUUCAUGGGGUUGCUUCCGAGCAGUUGCGCGGCAUCUUGGAUUCUCGUCAGAUGAAAAUUCCCUAGAAAAGCUCGCAUCACAAGCGAAAGCGAACUCGAUCUCACUCGUCACGGCUACAGAAGGUAAUCAUGGUCGAGCAGUUGCUUAUAUGGCCAGGCUACUUGAAAUUAGGGCCCAGAUAUUUGUGCCUCGAUCGAUGAAUGAGUCUACACGUGAUUUGAUUGCUUCAGAGGGGGCGCUUGUGUCGGUUUUUCAAGGCACAUAUGACGAUGCAGUUCAAGAAGCGUGGGAGUAUGCAAAGGACAAGGGCGUACUUUUGAUCCAGGAUACCGCUUUUGAUGGAUACGAGGAUGUCCCUGCAUGGAUUGUGGAAGGGUAUUCGACCAUGAUGAAAGAAGUUGAGGAACAGCUCUCCCAGCUUGACUUGGCUGCUAGUAUGGUGGUAACACCGGUUGGUGUUGGUAGUCUUGCACUUGCUGUCACAAGGCAUUGCAAGUCUCGAGGUGUGUCAGUUGUUGCCGUUGAACCCGAUUCUGCGCCUUGUCUUUUAUCCAGUCUCCGAGCUGGGAAGCCCACACCAGUCCAGACUUCAACUACCAUCAUGGAUGGCAUGAACUGUGGUACUGUCUCAUCUAUGGCAUGGCCUGAUCUUCAGCGGCUUAUCGAUGCUUGUGUGAUGGUAUCUUCUAAUGAAAGUCAUAACGCUGUACAGUAUCUGGCAUCAAACUCUGUGGCUUCUGGUCCUUGUGGUGGUGCGUCGUUGGCUGCACUCCGUCGCAUAGCUAUGGCUACAGAGAGAUCACAAGUCAUCAAUGAGAACUCAGUGAUUGUUCUCCUGAGCACAGAAGGGCCGCGAGAGUAUCAGGUACCCUGUCAAUCAUCUAUGGAUGCUUCCAGUCGCAAUGGAAUUAUUGGAGGCAAGCCACAAGAAUACAUAUUAAAAAACCUAGUCAGAAUUUAA